GGCCGCCCCGCCACCAUGAAAGGGUUGCAACGCUUGCGUGAGCCGCCGAUGCACCCGUGGACCAUGUCGUGAUUCGCGGGCUUUAGCAGCUUUCGCAACGGAAACACGAGUCCGCCAAGGAACGGGGAAAACAUGUCGGCCUCGGUGGGGCCCCGAGGCGGCCCUCGCCCCCCCACUGCGCCGCCCUCGAUGCCCGAGCUGCCGGACCUCAGCCACCUCACAGAGGAGGAGAGGAAGAUUAUCAUGGCUGUGAUGGUUCGGCAACGGGAGGAGGAGGCCAAGGAGCAGCAGGCCAUACUCAAAGAGGAGAAGCCCAUACAAGCAAAAACAGUGAACCUGGUUGGGAACAAGAAACCUCCACAGCAGAAUGACAUCAGUAUGCACCAGCAGUUUGCUAGCUAUAAGGAGCAGGUGCGGCGGAUAGCGCAGGAGCCUCAGCAGAGGCAGCAGGGCCAGCACAAGGAUGAUGCACCCACCUGUGGCAUUUGCCACAAGACAAAGUUUGCCGACGGCUGUGGGAACCUCUGUUCCUACUGCCAGACCAAGUUCUGUGCCCGCUGUGGAGGAAGGGUCUCUCUGCGCUCCAACAGUGUGAUGUGGGUAUGUAACAAGUGCCGUAAGCAGCAGGACAUCCUCACUAAUUCAGGGGAAUGGUUUGCAGAACAGGGGCCAAAGGCAAAGUCUACGGCCCUGGAGACAGCAGUGAACGAGCCAGCCAGGUGUGCAGAUCCAGCAGGAGACAAGAAAGUGCGCUCUAGGUCUCAGAUUCCUCUUGGUUCCUCUGCCUCCACUGCCCAGGACAACCAGCUGCCUACAAAUACAAGCAAAGGCCCUGCUGCUGGACAGGCCGACAUGCCUUCAUCCCGAUCCCGCAGUGAACCGCCACGAGAAAGGAAAAAGCAAUCAUCAACCUCAGACCAGAACGGCAAGCCAGUACAGAGAGCGGAGAGGCGAAGGGGAUUGCCCAAACUCCAUUCGCAACCUACACAGGACUGGGAGGCUGGAGAGGCUCGUCGAGAGGCUCGCUGUCUGGUUAAAGCCCGAUCACAGGACCAGAGCUAUGUUGACCUGGAGGGAAGUAUAGGGGAGCUGAGAAGGACAGAGGGUGAGCAGAGGCCACCUCGAGAGGAGCAACGAAACGAGGCUAACCCUCCACAACAUCCUGUCAAGGCCCAGCCGAUGGAGCAGGAGAAACGAGUGCAUCCAAAAGCACCAUGGCUCAGACAAGUGGAGACAGGCGUGCCUGAGAGGCAAGCUGGCGAGGCGGUCACAGAUAAUAGAACAGGCCGGAGGUGGGCAGAGGAGCGCCAAUCAUCUCUGGAGAGCAAACAAAAAGGGGUAAUGGGGGAGAGGACCGUGGGGGGCACAAUAGGAUCUGCAGUGCAAGCUCCUAAACCUAACCACGCCCCUCAGCCACCUGCCCCAGGGUUCCGUGUAGGUCCUGCUGCGCCCACCGGAACCCUUGAACUCAGGGAGCCUCCUGAAAGGGACAGGAAGCUUCAGCCAAGCCACCUGGAGCCAGGCUCGGCUGGUAUGGCACGUAAGACCAAGCGGGAAAAAGCUGAGAGCAUGCUGCGUAAUGACUCUCUCAGCUCUGACCAAUCAGAAUGCCUGCGGCCUCCCCCACCCCGCCCCUACAAGUCAAAGCGUGGAGGGAACAAGCGGCAAAUGUCAGUCAGUAGCUCCGAGGAGGAAGGCGGCUCCACGCCUGAGUACACUAGCUGUGAGGAUGGAGAGAUCGAGAGCGUCAGUGAGAGAGGGGACUGGGAGUGCUAUCGUCUGGAUCCCACUGUGUGGCAUCAUCCGGUUACGUGGCAGCCCUCCAAGGAAGGUGAUCAUUUAAUCGGCCGAAUUACCCUAAGCAAGCGCACGGCCAUGCCCAAAGAGGCUGGAGCACUGCUGGGGCUAAAGGUGGUAGGGGGGAAGAUCACAGAAACAGGGAGACUCGGGGCCUUCAUCACCAAAGUUAAAAAAGGAAGCCUGGCAGAUGUGGUGGGCCAUUUACGAGCAGGAGAUGAGGUGCUACAGUGGAAUGGUAAAUCAUUGCCUGGAUUAACCACGAAGGAGGUUUACAAUAUUAUCUUGGAGUCGCAAACGGAACCCCAAGUUAAAUUAGUCGUUUCAAGGCCCAUUGGUGAUAUACCUAGAAUACCUGAAACAUCACAUCCUCCAUUAGAAUCUACAGGCUCAAGUUCCUUCGAAUCUCAGAAGAUGGAGCGACCAUCUAUAUCCGUCAUGUCCCCUUCAAGUCCCAGUGGUCUGAGAGACGCUCCUCAGCUGCUCCCUGGACAGCUCUCGGUAAAAAUGUGGUAUGAUAAAGUUGGCCAUCAGUUGAUCGUGAACGUGCUGCAGGCCAAAGACCUGCCCCCCAGACUGGAUGGACGACCCAGGAACCCUUACGUCAAAAUGUAUUUCCUUCCUGAUAGAAGUGAUAAAAGCAAACGAAGAACGAAGACAGUCAAAAAGACUUUGGAGCCCAAGUGGAACCAGACGUUUGUGUACUCACAUGUGCACCGGCGGGACUUCAGAGAGCACAUGCUGGAAAUCACAGUGUGGGACCAACCGAAAGUUCAGGAUGAGGAAAGCAGUUUCUUGGGAGAGAUUCUGAUUGAGCUGGAGACUGCUCUGCUGGACGAUAAGCCUCACUGGUACAAGCUGCAGACUCAUGAUGUGUCCUCUAUUCCACUGCCCCACCCCUCACCAUACUUGCCCCGAAGACACACCCACAGUGACACACCCACUAAAAAGCUGCAGCGCUCUCAGCGCAUCACAGAAUCAGAUUAUGAUGAUGGUAUUGGCGUAGUGGCUGCAGCUGCAGAAAGUCGACCAAGAGAAAAGGAGAGGGAACGAGGGAGAGAGCGAGAGAGGGAAAGAGAGAGGGAGAGGGAGCGGAUUACACUGGAGGUUCCUGAGCAGCAGAGGUCGACACAUCAUCGCUCUCGCUCUGUAUCGCCUCACAGGGAAUCAGAGAGCAGGGCAAGAUCACGGCCCGCAAAUGUCCCCAUGCAGAGGAGUUUGGAUGAGGCACAGCAUAGCAGCAGGUCUCGUUCACCAACCUGCUACCAUGAGCAUGGGCAUGUACAGGAGAGAGAAUAUGUGGAUGACAGUGAGGUCAUCUUGAUACACAGAUCAAUGCGGGGUAGGAGCGCAGAGUGCCUGCACAUCACAAGUGAUCUGCAGCCCCCUCUUGACAGGGUUAGAAGUGCUAGUACCAACUGUCUGAGGCCAGAUUCAAAUUCCAAUUCACCCGAUCGAGAAAGGAGCACGCAGUCUCUCCCCCGCAUCAGACCCACCAGCCCCAGGAUCCUAAUCCAACACGCCUCCCCUGAGGAUGACAGCUGGAUUUUGGAGCCUAUUUUUCCUACUCAGGAGACAGUAAACCACCUCAGUGCAAGGCCCGGGGCACAGAGGCAGCCAAGAAUUCUGGACAAGCCUAGCUGUCAGAAACAUGGCAAGAAAAAAUCUGACCGAGAGCGGGUUCAUCCACAUACCAGCAUGGUAUACUCUUCAUCGGCAGGAAUGUCCUCGUCAGCACGCAGAGGCCGACAGUUACCCCAAGUCCCCGCUAAAAGCAGUAGUGUAGAACAAGCUCUUGCUUCAGAGGAGCGUACACGGCAGAUGAAGGUACAUUCCUACAGGACACCAGCUCCCUCCAGUACCAGCCAGGACCUGGAGAGGGUGCUCAAGAACAAACGAGAGCUUUAUAAAGAGCAGCGACGGAGCUGUGAUAAUGUAUCCCAUAAAUCCUCAGACAGUGAUGUCAGUGAUGUGUCAGCCAUCUCUCGUGCCAGCAGUGCCUCACGGAUCAGUAGCACCAGCUACAUGUCCAUCCAAUCAGAGCGACCCAGGGGUCGCCUCAGCUGCCAUGUUCGCCCAUCCAGCCAGAGCAUGUUGAAGAGCACGAGUGUGAGCGGUGAAAUCUUCACCUUAGAGCGCACAGACGGCAGCCAGUCAGACACGGCUCUGGGAACACUGGGGACAGGAGGGAAGAAGCGGCGCUCCAGUCUUAGUGCUCGUGUGGUGGCCAUUGUGGGUAUUCCCUCACGACGCAGUAGGAGCACCUCUCAGCUCAGCCAAACGGAAGCAGCAAAUAAGAAGACAAAAGGCUCGAGUCAGAUCCAGAGGAGUCAGGAGACAGGCAUGGCAGUGGAGUAUCCCCGCAAUGCAAUGGCUCGCCAGGCCAGUCGCGAGUCCACUGACGGCAGCAUGAACAGUUACAGCUCUGAGGGGAAUCUGAUCUUCUCAGGGAUGAGGUUGGGAGCUGACAGCCAGUUCAGUGACUUCCUCGAUGGCCUUGGACCUGCACAGCUAGUUGGGAGGCAGACCCUAGCAACACCGUCUAUGGGAGAUGUUCAGAUCGGCUUAAUGGAUAAAAAGGGGCAGUUGGAGGUGGAGGUGAUCAGGGCACGUGGCCUUACCCACAAACCAGGAUCCAAAUCGCUGCCAGCUCCAUAUGUCAAGGUCUACUUGCUGGAUAAUGGAGCAUGCAAAGCCAAAAAGAAAACCAAGAUUGCACGAAAAACACUUGACCCAUUGUAUCAGCAGCCACUGCUGUUUGAGGAGAGUCCGCAGGGUAAAGUUUUGCAGGUAAUAGUGUGGGGCGACUAUGGACGCAUGGACCACAAAUGCUUUAUGGGAGUUGCACAGAUCCUUUUAGAAGAGCUGGACCUUUCUAGUACAGUGAUUGGCUGGUAUAAACUGUUUCCCCCAUCCUCAUUGGUGGACCCAACGCUAGCUCCUCUCACUCGACGUGCUUCCCAGUCAUCACUCGAUUCAGGGCCAACAGGCGUCAGGACCUAGUGAACAGGAGAGAGGACAUGAGAUAAAACAUGCCCGAAUAGAGUAAAGGCCCAUGGCAAAAAAAUACAGUGCCAGAGGGGCAGCCAGGCAGACGGACAGAAUCACGAUCAAAGCUUAGCUGGAGCCUGACAAUCACUUCUCGUCUCUUUUAUUUUUGGCCUUUGGAUUGCUGAGAUUUCCCUUGAUCCACUCCGAUCCUUACUGCAUGUUCUGUUUGUUUUAGCCAUGUUGCUGAGAUGAUGAGCGAGCCCAAAUUAAAAGAGGGAAUGAGAAGCAGCUGAAAGCAAUCCGCUGUGGCUGACAGAGAGAGAGAGAGAGAGAGAGAGAGAGAGAGAGAGAGAGAGAGGAGCCAACCAUGGUGCUGGUUGCCUGAGUGCUUCUUGCCAAUCAGUAACAUUUAGGAGAAGUUUUCUAACCAUAUAAGGAAUGUGUGAGAGUAUGCGAGGCAGAGGUGCAAUGGUGGAUCAGUGAGAGUGAAGACAACGCUGCCCCUCCCUUGGCCUAAUUGUACAGGAAGCCUCUCUGUUAAAGAGAGGCCUGAGGUCAGGGGUUAAAGGGCAAAGUUAGUCUUCUCAGAGUCUUCCCUCCUCCUCACGAACGCUGAGUGCAGGGCCUCUGCUCACGUCAGUGUGCCACUGACUCAGAUCAGGUGUGUGUGAGAGGGGAGGCCAACUUGAAAACCUUUGUCUGUUUACAGCAGUUACAACUGACUGCUUUGCCUUUUUUUUUUACUUUCUCAUAUAUUUGAUACACAGACACACCUUGUAGAAUGUGAACACAUGGCUCAUUCUGACAGUGUCGUAUAAGCUUAAAGGAAGAUGCAGAACCACACGCAAUAGAACACUGGGAGUGGGGUUUAUUUCAGCCUGGCCAGGAGAUUAAAUGAAUGGCCAACUGACGUAAAUACAUUAAUACAUUUGGCCUCCCAGGUAACUGGCCCUCAGAUAUACUUUGAGCUCUUGAAAGAAAAUAGAGAACUGGUCACUAUGGACAGGCACCAUGCACAUAGGUAACAGCCAGUCACUUUAAUUGACUUAGUUUAUUCUGUUUUUGGACCUGCCCAUAACUGAAUUUCUAUCCAAGUAGAGUUAUUUUGAAGCAAGCACAAAUGCUUGAUUUUUUUAAACAAAAUUUUAAAGAAGAUUAUAACCGCCCAAAUUAUCAUCAGCUAUUUUUGCAUUUUUUU